CCAGUGUACUAAAUAUAGGUCUGUAUGGAUUUGUGGGGAAUGUGAAAAUUAUUGAUUUCCUUAUAUACCUAUAUUAAUGAAAGAAACAAACAUCAAUAGUUACGAAGUGUAGUUGUAAAAUAAUUUUGUAAUGUAGCAUUUACUAUGUUUAUUAGAUUAACAGUUUUUAGUUUAAUUUUUUUAAAGAUUAUGACUUCAAAUUCUAAAAUAUUACGUGGUCAACUUUUAACAACUGAAAAUUGGGCAUUUUUAGCAAGAUUUUGUUUCCUCUCAGAAAAGGGAAGAUUUCAAUAUCAAUUUAUUUUGGAGGAGGAUACAAGUGUGAAUUUAUUAUUAUAUUAUGAUUCGGCAACACAAUGGCCAAGUGUUUAUCCCUCAAAUAAAACGUGUUUGCAAAAAGAAUCAGUUUUAAACAGAGAUCGAGGACAAGUAGUGCCUUUAACUGCGGAGCCAUUUAUGACAGCUUCGUCAGAAUGUAUAAAAAACAAAACGACUAAACAAUAUUUUUGCAAUAGUUAUCGUGAAUUUAAAUCAUCAAGACCACGAUGGUGGUUUAUUGCAUUAUCCGAUUGUAAAACUCAAUUGGGAUUAAAUGUCACUUAUUGGAUAUCAUUAACAAAUGGACCACCAGGAAGUUUUUGGCGUGAACAUUUUUCCGCUGAUGAAUUUUAUAUUUUACCUCUGUUGAUUGCAUUUUCCAUCGCUUAUUUUAUACUUAUUAUUUUGAGUGUCAUUGUGGCAAUAGAAUUGCGAUCAAGAAAACUUCUUCAUAUUUCCUAUAAGCUCUUUAUGCUAUCACUUUGGUUUUAUUUGUUGGGAUUAAUUUUUGAAAUAUACGAAUAUUCAAUAAGAGCAUCAUUGGGUGUGAAUUUUCCUGGAGCAGCAUUAAUUGCAAGCCUCUUUGAAUUAUGUUCGGAGACAAUAUUUACUGUAUUACUUUUACUUUUAUCAUUGGGAUUUACAGUAACAAAAAGUGUUCUUACACUGGUUCAAAUUGGAAGACUUUUGGGUUUUAUUUGGAUUUCGACAAUUCUCCAACUUUGUCUACUUAUUUAUCAGGCGGAAGUCUUUGAUCCUGGUCUUGUACUUUAUAGUUAUGAAUCACCACCUGGAUAUGGAUUAUUGGCAUUGAAAAUUUGGACGUGGAUUGUAUUUCUUUUAUGCUGCUAUAAAACAAGCUCAAAAGCCGCUACAAAACUUCAUUUUUAUUCCUUUCUCAUGACUCUUGGUUCCGUUUGGUUCCUUUUUCAUCCCCUGAUGAUACUGAUAGUCACCUUUCUCAUAGACAAAUGGAUUCGAGAGAGUGUUGCAAAAGGAUGUUUAAUGUGGAUUAUUUUUUGUGGACACGCUUUAUUUUUAUAUACAACGAGACCAGCCGCUGCAAAUAUUCAUUUUCCAUUUCAUAUUCGAACAUUUCAAGUUGUUCCUUAUAGUGGAAAUGGUCAAGGGCACAAUUACGAGCCUAGAAUUCAAAAUACUGCGCCUGCUUUUACUUUAACUCAAUUACGACCACCCAAUGCCAAUGGCAUAAAUAAUCAUUCUUAAGAGAAUUUUUUUUCUUUUUAAAUUUCAACGAGAAAAAAAAUUGAAAUACUUUUUUCAUAAGAAUUUCUAUAUUUUAAAUAAGAAAACACUAAUUGUGAUAAAGAUAAAAACUAGCUAUCAUUGAUAGUAUUUUAUUUAUAAUAAUAUUUUUUUAACUUUCAUAUUUGAA